AUGAGACUUACAGCGCGUUUAUUGUCUUCUGUGGCCCAAAAGAGGCCUUUUUAUAUUACAACUCCAAUAUUCUACGUUAACGCUGCGCCUCAUUUAGGACACUUGUAUACAGCAGUUGUAGCAGAUGCUAUUCAGAGAUUUGAGAAACUAAUUAAUUUGGACACAAAUGUGAUUUUUAGUACAGGGACUGACGAGCAUGGCACAAAGAUUCAACAGGCAGCAGCAAGAGCUAAUCUUUCUCUUCCAGACUACUGCUCAGCAAUAUCUCAAGAGUAUAAAGACUUGUUCAAAGAUUUUCAUGUAGAAUAUACCGAUUUUAUCAGAACCACCGAAGACAGGCAUAAGAAAGCAGUUCAAACAUUUUGGGAAACGUUAGUAAAUGAAGACUACAUAUACAAAGCAAAUUAUUCCGGUUGGUACAGUGUGAAUGAUGAAGCCUUUGUACCUGAUGCACAUACUCGAGAAGACGUUAGACCUGAGGGCAAGGUUAGAGUGUCCGUAGAGUCAGGGCAUAGAUUGGAAUGGACAGAAGAAACAAACUAUAUGUUUAGGCUGAGUGCAUUUAAAUCGCAUCUAAAGAAUUGGUUGAAAAGAGAUGGUGUGAUUGAGCCAAACAAAUUCCAGAGGCAAUUGCAGGACAUGGUGGAAGAUGAUGUCUACCUACCAGACAUCUCCGUUAGCAGACCAGCUUCGAGGGUGCACUGGGCGAUUCGAGUUCCAGGGGAUGAGGAGCAAAGCAUUUACGUCUGGUUAGAUGCCCUAAUUAGUUACCUGACUGUUUGUGGGUUUCCUGACGAGGAUCUGAUGAAGAUGCGAGGUAGACCAUGGCCGGCAGAUGUCCAGGUGGUGGGCAAAGACAUAUUAAAAUUCCACGGCAUCUACUGGCCCGCGUUUCUCAUGGCGAUAAAGUGGCACCCGCCUCGCAGAAUUCUCUGCCACAGCCAUUGGACCGUGGAUGGAAGCAAGAUGUCCAAGAGUCUACACAACGUGGUGGACCCGAGGCAUACGGCGGCUUCACACGCUCUGAGAUAUCUUCUGUUGAGGGAAGCGACAAUGGCUGAUGAUGCAAAUUACAGCGAGACGAAAUUAAUUAACAUCGCAAACUCCGAGUUGGCGGACACGCUAGGCAACCUAGUGAGUCGCAGUUGCGGAGCCGCGCUGAACCCUCGUUGUGAGUUUCCAGCGCUGCACCAACACGAGUUAGCAGAGUGUUGCCAGCUACAAGUCACCACACAAUUGUUGGACGCGAUAGAUAGGUUGCCAGAUACUUGCCACAAGCACUAUUCGAACUAUCAAUUCUACAAAGCGGUAGACGCCGUUGUACACGCGCUACAUUUAGCGAAUUUAUUCUUCGAGACGUUGAAACCCUGGGAAUUGAGGAAGAAACCGGAAUGCCAGAAAGAGCUAGACGUAGUCUUGCAUCUCACUCUAGAAACACUGAGAAUUUGCUCAAUCAUCCUUCAACCUGUGAUACCGGAUAUAACAACGAAAUUAUUGGACAAAUUGCAAGUGCCGAAAAACUGUAGGAGCUGGCAACACUGCGAGAAGCCAUCUUGGAGGAUCAAGGGCGCCAUCUAUGAGACGAAGAAUAUACAAAGUGGAAAGUUCGUAUUGUUUCCGCGCAUUUAUGUAGACAAGAAUCUGAAGAAGAAGGCUAGUGCUUCUUAA